AUGGUGGCACUGCGGAUUCCACCUGACGACAUCAAUAGUGGCACCGCCGCUAUUGAGUCUACCGUACGCCUUCAAGUUCUUAGGAUGGGCGGCCGGAAUAUCGUGUUUGGUGGGAGGAGCAGUCGUCACUUUUUACUCAUACACGCUUCUCUCUCUUACUCUCCAACACCACGCUUCACUCGGCCACCGCUACCUCCGCUUCCGUGA